AUGAAGCGAUACUUGCCGGUGGCCCGGCAACACUUCCUGGCGGCGGCGGCCAGCACCAGCGUGGUGGUGAAGGCCCUGUGCGGCACGGUGCUGGCGCUCUACUGCCUCUCCUUCCUGAUGGACACGGUACACGGUCUGGGAGUGACUCCUGGCUACCUCUUUCCCCCCAACUUCUGGCUUUGGACUUUGCUGACACACGCCGUGGUGGAGAGCCACAUCUGGGACGUAUGUAUUGGUCUGGGGGCCGUGGUGGCAGCCGGUCGGCUCCUGGAACCUCUCUGGGGAGCACUAGAACUCCUGGUCUUCUUCGCCGUUGUCAACGUGUCGGUGGGAAUUCUUGGAGGACUCUCUUAUCUUCUGACCUACGUGGCGACUUUCAAUCUGGAUUACUUAUUUACCGUGCGCAUUCACGGGAUGUCAAGUUUUCUCGGCGGAGUGUUGGUGGCCUUAAAACAGACCAUGGGAGACACGGUGGUGCUCAAGGUGCCACAAGUGCGGAUGAAAGAUGUUCCAAUGAUGGGUUUGAUACUUGUUGCGAUUUUGCGUUUGACGACAUUGCUAAGAAGCUCUUUGCCGGCAUCCUACGGGUAUGGUGUACUGUCCAGCUGGGUUUACCUGCGCUUCUAUCAAAAACAUAGCCGAGGCCGAGGGGACAUGUCUGACCAUUUCGCGUUCGCCACCUUCUUUCCCGAAAUCUUGCAGCCGCUCGUCUCGGUAGUGGCCAAUGUGAUUUACAGCGUGUUGGUGAAGAUCAGAAUAUGUAAGAAGACGGUCAAGCGAUACGAUGUUGGAGCACCGUCAUCCAUUACGAUAAGUCUGCCUGGCACCGACCCGCAGGAUGCAGAACGGCGAAGACAGUUGGCGUUGAAAGCUCUUAAUGAGCGGCUGAAACGUGUUGAAGACCAAGCAGCAUGGCCUAGUAUGGAUGAAGAUGACAAAGAUGAUUUGUCUGAAAUGCCUUUAUUUCCAGAAACCAGCAGGAGUGAUGGAGAUGAUUCUGGAGCAGCAGAACAAAGUGUGUUCCCAGGUCUUUCAUCAGGAUCUUAGAAGACCGUUAAUGAAUGACUUGUCCAAUUGGGCUGAAGUGAAAGAGGGUUUAAUGCUGCACAGAUAAGCAUCAGUACUUUAAACUAUUCAACUCCAGCACUUACAAUCUGUAUGGAAAAUAGAUUUGUCAGUAAAAGACUAUAAAUGCCCGUGCAGCUGUGAUGUUCAUAGCCGCAUUUCAGGAUUUGAUGUUUUCUAACUCUUACUGGUGGCUGAACAGUUAGAGGUGGCAUUUGAACUGGUGUUGAAUUAGAUACAAUCUUUGCUGUUAGUUCUUAAAAUAUAUUAAUUUACAGUUUUAUUUUGAAGUGUCCUUUUCUGAUUAGAAGGAGCAGAUACUAAUGGUAUAAUUGCAAUGGUGGCUAGGAGAGGAGGGCAGGGGUAAAAGGAGCUAUGUUAUCAUUGAGAUCAAAAGGAAUGGAGCAAAUCCACAGCUUUGGCCCCAGAUUGUCUUUGUGCCAAAAAAAAAAGUGUAUCCCUCUAGUUUGGAGCAGCUUGCUACCUGUGGGGAAAAAUACAGGUAUCUUGUGGCACUAGUUUUCCAACUCUGGAGCUCUGUUAUUGGAUUGGAUUCACCUUUUGCAGUUUUAUUUUCACACUUUUUCUGCUUUCAUGUUUUGCAAGACUAGUAACAUUCCAGCAUACAUUUUGCUAUAAUAGCGAACAUGUAUUUUGGUCAUGUAAGGUAGUUUGUUUCUCCUUAGAACCCCUUAUUUGUUUAUUGAGUUUCCUUUUCUGCCAUCAUUUUCUCUUCUGUUAUCUUUAACAAUAUGUUCCUAAGUAAAAAUUGCUUUAAAUGGAUUUUCCCUGGGGAGCAAAAUUGUGCCUCCCCCUUUGCGCCUCACCAUUUGAUAUGUUUGAAAAUCGCCUAAUAAAAGGGCUAGCUAAUUGUUGGUGUUGGUUCUGAAAUUUCUGCAUUAAAUUCUAAAAGCAAUUGUUAUGUAUAUCUGGAGCUACACUGAUUUAGUGUAUAGUAUUCUGAAUCCUCUAAUUGUAAAAAGGAUCGUGGAAGUUUCUGGAAACUCAUACAAACUUAUUGACAAAGGUCUUUUAACAAGAUAAAGUUCCUUAUUUUUGUUACCUGUGUAUAUAUAAAAAAAACUUGCAUCUCGUAUUGAAAUGGGUCAGCAAGUUAUGGCCAAUCCAAAGGUUCAUCCAGGGGUGGUUUGACUAGCAAACAAUUUCACAAAUUUCAAUAAAGCUCCUGUAAUGACAGAUGCUGAGAUCUCUAUGAAGUAGAUUAUGGUCAAUACAAAAAAUGUAUUGGUUUUGCAGAGCCCCCAUUUAAGUGUUGACAAAGCCACCUCGUCCAGUCCAGUACUUUCUAUAACAUGAACGUACACUGGUAGAUUUCUGCAUCCUGCUGCUGUACCAGCAGCAUCCUAACUUUAUCUAUAUUUGAUAAUCAUCGUGGCAAAUCAGUUGGAAGUAGUUAUCAUUUUUAAUACAUUUAAAUGUGCAAGAUACUUUAAUGUAAGAUUCUUAACGAACCAGUAUUAGUUUCAUCUAAGUGAUUUAAUGUUUUAUUUCCGUUUUCUGCAGGUGAAUUGACAUUACCUUAAUGUUGUGCUUUUUAAUCAGAGUAGCAUUUAUUAAAAAAACACUGCUCUUGCCUGCUGGGUUUCACUUAAAUUGAAGGUUUCUUUUUAUUCAAGUGUAUCAUCAUGUAGGUCAGUCCAAUAAACUUUGCAGUCUUGUGUUCA